ACGUGUCCGACGCGCGCAGAAUCCAUAUCAUAAGGAUCGAAGAGAGAGAGAGAGAUCCAGAAGAAGAAGAUGGCAUUGCAAUGGCUGAUUCUAUCGUACGUGGUUGCUGCGGAGGUCGUGAUCGCCGUGAUCUUGACUCUCCCUUACCCUAUGCUCCUGAAGAAACGAAUCGUAUCACUUGUCUCGCUCAUUCUCCAGCCUGCCGCUUCCAUCGUCGCCUUUGCUGGAUUUCAACUCCUCGAUCUUUACUGGAAGAAUGAGCAUAGACUAAUGUGCUCAUCUGAGGUUUGCACUGCUACAGAGCGUGAUCGCUACGAGAAAUCCAUCUACAAGGCUCAGCGGAACGUGGUUCUGUGUGCAGCUGGGAUCCUUCUCUACUGGUGUAUUUUCCGCAUCUGCAAGUACAACAAAGACCUUGAUUAUUUGGAGGAAUUAGAGAAAAGAUGCAAGGCAGAGUAGUAGUCUCCAUUAGUCUGGUCCUUCUGUUAUAGAUAUUAUUACUUCGGCUUGUGAGUAGUCCAAAAAACUGAAACAAGACCAGGAUGUAUCUAGAUAAAUCUUUCCACAGACCUUGUUUUGUGUUCACUCCUCUUGCAGCUUUGUGUUACUUUUCUAGAAACAACCCAAUUUUAUUGUGUCCCGACUUGACAUUCACAGAUUAAUUUCCUAGAAACUAACCUUUCUUUCUU